AGGUAACCCAUGUCGGAAAGAAGUGAUUGUUUCCGAAGUUUCUAUCUUUUCGUGAGAACCGAUUGAGUUUACGUCAGAUUUGGAGGAUCGGAACUAUAUUUAUGCACAAUGUGUGGUAGAACCGCUUGUGCUCUUGCACCUGAUGACAUUGUAGGUAAAUGUACCUAUCAACGUCGGUCGUCGGGGCAACGUGAGAAGCCAGUUUGGCGGGACCCCCCAGGAGGCCAGAAGUACUACCCCUCACACAACAUUGCCCCAGCCUCACACACACCAGUUUUGCUGUCGAGCAAGCACUAUGGGGGUGAACUAGAGGGUGUGGCCGAGCGUGUGAUCCAGCCAAUGAAGUGGGGCCUCACCCCGGCCUGGCACAAGGGGGACCCGUACAAGAUUGAAUAUGAGACCAACAACUGUCGUGCUGAAGGCAUGCUGACCAAACGGACGUUCAAAGUACCACUCGAGAAGGGGCGCAGAUGUGUCAUUCUGGCAGAAGGAUUCUUUGAAUGGAAAAGGAAUGAGAAGGUGAAGCAGCCAUAUUACAUCUACUUCCCUCAGUCAGGUGGUGAAGGAGAGGUGAAAGAAGAGAAGCCAGACAUCAAAUCUGAAAUAAAACUUGAAUCCAUCUCGGUGAAGACUGAAGUGAAGUCUGAACCAGCAGAUUCCCAACUGUUGGACCAGAUCAAACAAGAAGACGGUGGUGUUACACAGGUGAAGUCCGAGGUGAAGGCAGAGCUGGAGGAGGACAAUCUCAAGUCCGAGGUGAAGUCUGAUGUGAAGGCGGAGAGCAAUAACAAUGAAGACUUAACGGGGGACAAGUUGCUGACGAUGGCCGGGGUUUUUGAUGUGUGGAACCCCCCCGAUGGAGGGGAGCCGCUGUACUCCUACAGCGUCAUCACCGUGGACGCGUCGCCCGCCAUGGCCUGGAUACAUCACCGCAUGCCGGCUAUUCUACAGACAGAUGAAGAUAUUGAUGCAUGGCUGGAUUCUGACAAUGUCCCUCUGCAUAAAGCAGUGAAGAUGAUUCACCCGAUCGAGGGAGUGACCAUGCACGCCGUGUCUCCAGUGGUCAACAACUCCAGGAACAAAACACCCGACUGUGUCAAACUUUACGACCCAAAAAAACCAAAGACUACAGCUGCCAGCAGCUUCAUGAUGAACUGGCUGGGGAAAUCCAAAAGAUCGGACUCUGCUACGGAUAAGGUGUCGCCUGCAAAGAAACCGAAGUCUGCCACGUAGUCGUACAUCAUUUACCAUUGAGGCAUUUUAUCUUUUACAAGCUGCUAUUACAAAAUAUAAAUCAAAAGAAUUUCAACUUUCAAAUUAGUGAUUGAAAACAGAACAGUUUGAACGUGGCGGGAGUUUUGUGUUGGUAGAGUUGAGAGUUGAUGUUCCGACACUUGCUUCAGCAGAUUCCAUCAUCCAUGGAAGUAAAAGUCGAAGAAAACAUCACCCAGUGUAUUAAUCAGUGUAAAUGGCCUACUCUAAGAUAGUUACAGGGGCCAUCUGUUUGUAAUAGCAGCAGGUUCAUCCUCAUAACCGCAAUAAAUUCCAUCUUCACAUCAUCCCAAAAUAAUUUUGAAAGCGUCAGUUCUGAUAAAAUCAUCUCUACAGCUAAUGAAUAUUUCAGCGUGAAACCAUUAUCUUUCCAGUCUGUAAUUUGCUAUUAUUGUUCUUUAGAUUUGCAAUCAUAUUUGCAGGAACAACUUUAGCUAAUGUAUCAAAAAAAGGAGGGGUAGACAUAUAUUUUUUAGUAAGAACACAUUCUAGAUUGUCUUUUGGUUUUGAAAGCCAAUGUAUUCGACAGCAUUAGACACAGCAACAUGGUAACAUGGUAGGUGAACUAAACUAAACCAGUCAUUAAUACCAGUCAUACAAAUACUGGGUGAAUAAUGUGCUUCCCUAUGGAGCAGACUGUCAAUGCAGAGUUGUGUCCCUCAUCUACCGGGAUUGUUGAUGGAUGUAUGUGGUGAUUUAGUGCUGAAAUAUCACUCCUAGUUCAGGGCACUCUUCAAGAAGUUAGAUCUGAUAUGGCAACAUAUAAUCUCAUUAACAUCAGAUAUUUUACUCUGAUCCAAUACCUCACUUCAUCCUGAUCUGACAAAUUCCCAACACUCUUAAUGAAUAAACUUUUGACGGCAAUCAAAUUGAAGGAUUUGUAGCUAGUCUGAUGUAAGCUUUAUGAAAGAGUUGGUUUAAUUCCUUUACCUCCAAAUUACCUCUGAAAUUAUGGUCUGAACAAAAGAAAACACCAAUGUUAACUUGAUAGUACGUCAAGGGUGUAAAUAUUCACAAGCUGGGACAUAAUUGUUCUCCAUUUGGAACUGCCUGUUUACAUUCAUUUUCAAACUACAGAAGUCGGAUAUGCUUCUAUGAAUGAUCCACCCACUCACACUAAGAAUGUGGAAGCCUCCAAAGUUAUUUCCUGUUUAGAAAGUUCAUCUGAUGUGACCUGUUGUUAGGUCAGAGUUCAAUCUUGACUGAGAAAUAUGAACUUGGAGUAAAAGAUCUGAAGGGGUGAAAAAGCCACAUUGUUUUGUUUCUCUUUGUUUGCGAGUUUUUUUGUAAGAUGUGUUUUGUUGCACAUGGACAAGAAUAGGAUGGCAAGAUUAAAAGAUAAUAACUUGUACAAAUACCAUGUUGAGUUAAAAUGAUUCUGCAUUUAUUCUUCCAUGUACACAACCUUACCAUAAGUGUUCAUUCAUAUAUACAAGUAGCCCCGUGAAGAUCCGGGUUAGAAUACAUCUUAGGCAACCCAUGCAUGCCAUAAAAGGCAACUAUGCUUGUCUCUUACGAGGCGUCCAUCGGGCUGGGUGGUCAAGUUCAUUACUUGGCUGAUGCAUGUCAUUGUAUCCCAAUUGCGUGGAUCGAUGCUCAUGACGUCAAUCACUGGAUUGUCUGGUCCAGACUCGAUUAUUUAAAGACCGCCGUCAUAUAGCUUGAAUAAUGCUGAGUGCGGCGUUAAACAACAAACAAAAUGAUAUACAUGUACAUGGAUCACUUCCAGUUACCCGUGUGUACUGUCAAACCAGUUUGUCAUACGUUGUUGCUGGUGUUUCAUUGGGAACAACAAAUAUGUUACAUAUAAUCCAGUGUUUUUCCAAAGGGGUGACAUUUUAUGACAUUUGUCAAGCAUUUAUUUUAGUUUGUCUAGUUUACAAGAUGAUGUGUAAUCAUCAGGAAUGUUGUUGAAGAUUAUGAAGUAAAGAGUUUAUCAACAAGACUG